AUGUUCGCCAAACUUCUCCCCCUCCUCGGUCUUUCGACCUUGUCCCAAGCCACCACCGAGAUCGUAUAUCUCGCUAACUGUGCUGGAUGUCCUACCUCCGAGGGCUGCGAGUACUAUCGCAGUACCAUGGAUUACUACCCAGAUGUUACUGAGUCUUUGGAUGGCCAAUAUCCUUCCGCCAUUGCAGGUUUCGACUGGGUCGUGGGCUGGGAGGGAAAUGUCAUGAAGAGGAAUUUCCCGGAUGGGGACACCUUCACCAGUGCGAUCACUACAGAUGCCCAGAGUCUUGCUAAUGGAGCUUAUGCCGGCUUCGGCGAGAACAAGUAUCGUAGCUUCAGUUGCUACAAAGAUAGCCAGAGGGAACUGUAUCAGGAUGGGACCGAUUAUUGCUACUCUAUCUAUUACUGCGAGUAA